AUGAUUGGAAUUAGCAAAGCGUUUCGCGACCGGAACGCGAUGGACUGCAACGAGUUCGACGUUACUCGUGCACGCUCCCAAAAGGUACGUACCGCGGUGAAGGCGCCGGUGCUGGAUCCAGUUCUGGUUACUCCUCCGGUCCCUCUGGUCAAUACGGUGCUCCCUCCGGAUUCGGCGCUGGCUCCCGUGGAUCCGGUGCCGGCGGUGCCGGUUUCGGCGCUGGCGGUUCCGGUUUCGGUGCUAGCGGCUCCGGUUUUGGCGCUGGCGGUUCCGGUUUCGGCGCUGGCGGUUCCGGUUUCGGCGCCGGCAGUUCCGGUUUUGGCGCUGGCGGUUCCGGUUUCGGCUCCAGGAAUAACGGGUUCGGUGCUGGCGCUGCCUCCCGCCAAUACC